AUGGAUUCGUCUAAGAAACCUAAGGCGAAGGGCGACACUCCAGAGGCUCCUCGCAGAAGACUAUCGGAACGCCGCAGUGCCGGCCCACGCAUCAACUACAACGUCCGGGAGUACUACAAAGGCAUAAACUUCAAUGAUAAAUUGAAGGUCCCACGUGCAGAUCCUCACUCGCAGCCAGGAGGCAUUUCAGAAGCCCGCUCGUCUGAAAGUAGUGGCCAUAUCGCCGCUCCGCCUCAACCCCAACAUUCAAUGUUGACAUCACCAACCAAGCCCCCAUCGCCUGAGCUGUUGUGGGAUACAUGCCUGGAGUGUGUUGAAGUAUUCUCCAAGUGCUCCAGAGCCAAUAAAUGUAAAGUCUAUUCGGCCGGGGAGAAAUGCCAUUCUUGUAUGGAGAGAGACAAAAUGUGUUUAAAGAUUCCACGAAAUCUCAUCCCACGCGUCUCAAAGCUACAGAGCAUCACUACCCGAAUUGGCUACCUGGAAAGGGAAGAUUCACCCUGGGACUUGCUCGAAAUAAAAAAUCUGAAAAGUGCUCUAGGUGAAGAGCAUGGUAAAUUUAGUGAAGAUUUGAGAAAACACUUCGAGAAUAUGGGAACAGAAGUUUUACCAUCAUCUCCUAAGUCCAAUUCAGUUCGUCCUAACAGAAACGUAACGCCUACUGUUACAACUUCUGUACACACUGCCAGCCCACGAAAUGGGAUCUCUAUUAAACCGGAUGGCAACGCCGCUUUCAGUAUUACUGCGGGUACUAUUAAGCCAGAUCCCGAAGACUCCACUCCCACCAGAAUGGAUAAAAGCGGCACUAGGGCUGCUCUAGCUACGCACACUGCUUCUGUGAAGACUCUCUUUCCAAAACUGACGUCUACAUUCCCGGAGAUAGCAAACCGCUUGUUCAACGGAGACUUAGGUGCAGAUACUUCGUAUGGGUUUUCAAUACCUAAAAACAACAAUGGUGCUGAGUAUUCACGCCCAACCAGCAGCAAGGAACCCACUGCAACGGCUCAUUCUGAAAGUGGUUAUCGAGUUGCAGCUGUCCAAGCAAAUGCGGCCAGCUUUGCUGCGGCACGAAUCCCUGACGAACGGACAGGAAGCAGCAUUUGGGCAUCUAGUACUAAUCCCAGCGCUGAAACCCCUGAUGUUCUCCCUCAGUUGCUGACAGUGCUGGGAUCAAUCGACAAUAAUCUAGCGCGGAUUGUUCAUGCCAUGGAAGUAAAGAAGAAUGGAGGUAGAAGUGUCAGGAAUGAGUUGUAUUGGGAGUGA